UACACACAAAUAUCUGACAAUAAAUAGUUAAAAUCGAGUUUAACGAAAGAUUCAGAUCCUUAUUCUUCUCCACCGGAUCUCGAUAUCGGAGAAUUAGCCAAACGAUGGCCGCCGACGGAAUAUUCCGCAGCAUCUUCGAAGGUUGUAUCUCCGGCCUUGAUUCCGCCAUCGAGCGGCGUCCUUACCACAAAAACUGCGGAUGUGCUCUCCACGAUAAAUCAAGCGGCGCUGGGAAAAAUCAAAAUCAACGACGGCCGCCGUCUUGUCGCCGCCACGGAAGCUCAGAGAGCAUUUCGUUUCCGAUCCGACGGUCUUGGAGCGAAGGCAACAUCAUGGCUAUGAAUCUCUUCUCCUCAUCGUCGUCUUCUUCUAAUCUCCAAUCGCUUUCGUCGUCUUCUUCUCUCUCAAAUCUGGCAUCAGAUUUACCGGUGGAUGAUGCUGCGACGGAGGAACCGAGCAGAUCUAGUAAGCAGCUACGAUGGACGAUUGACGAAGGUGAAGAUGAUUGAUGUGAUUGCUGAUGAUGAUCAAUUCCAGGUUGUUAAUUUUUGCUAAUCUCUGUUUAAUUAAUUUUCUUAAUAAUUGUAUUUGAGGACAAAAUAAAUAAAAAAAACUGUGUGUCUUGUAUUUUUAUUUUUUUGUAAAAGAAACGAAAACGUUUGACGGUUGUUUACAAUUGAAAUUUUGAAUGAUUAGCAUAUAAACUUGUGGAGAGGUUGAUUUA